AUGAAGGCUUCAAUCGGCAUUCUGCUCUUGGGUUUGGUGGCCACCAUCAUCGCCAGCCCCGACGACGCCGAAGAUGACUCUGCCGCGAAAAUUGCAUCUGAUCUCCAAAACUUGGAGAAAGCUGACGUCUCUUCCGACAGCCCUAGACGGAAGUUUAUUGAACUUUUUGAUCUUCCGGUAUUCAUCAAGUUCAUUAGUAAGAGUUGACAUUUAAGCAGAUAGACGAGGAAUAUGAAAGAAAAGUGAAGUAUGUCCGUCGCGAGAUCGUCAAAUUUUUCCUAAAGAUCCGGUCGGAGACACUGCCUCGUGAUUUGCCUCCUUGGUUAGCUGCCGCUUUGGAUAAACGAGCUGUAAGUCCCAUUGUACUUUUUUUCUUUUCCAGAUCAUGAUAAAAUAGCAGAAAGUCAAAAAUGGAAAGUUGUGAGAUUGGUGAGGACCUUGUUUUGGGAACAGGAACAAAAUUAUUUUUCUUUUUUUUUUAGUUGGUUCAAGGAGUCUCUAAUAGACCAAAACUAUUCUUUUCUUCAGUCGCGCAUUAAAAUAAAAGCCGACAAAAUAAAAGCUAAAAAAUCUUUUUCUUUUUUUUUUGGUUUGGACAUCCUAAAAACAUCCUAAUGUUUUUUUUUUAUUAACAGUGGAUACGAAAUUGCAUUUUUCUCUCUUUUUGCGUCAAAUAUAUUUUUUUCCACCGAUAAUUCCAGUUAGUAUAUAAUUGUGCUCGUUUUUAAUUCAAACGAUUAGCACCAAAAAUCUUUAACUUAUUUUCUUAUCCAGCAAAAAAUAGAAAAUCUUCGUGGACCAAAAAGUUCCUUCAAAAAUAUUUUACAGGAGAGUUCUCAUUGA